UUGACGGCUUUGGGUGCAAGGAAUUCUCGCGGGUUAUUGUCUACGGAUGGCACAAAAAUGUAAGUCGCAACCGAGACGUAUAAAAGUGCCACCGAUUUUACCCCGAGGCAUCAGUCUUCUGCCGAUCCUCUUGUGGACAAACAUGGCUGGCAAGUUCGUUGUAUUUUUGGGGUUGGUGGUGUUCGGGCAAUGUGCGGUGGUACCGGCGGCGAUACCAGCUGUAGCGACUGUUCCUGCGUCAAGACUGGAGGAAUUUGACCCGACACCACAGUACAGUUUUGCCUACGACGUUCAAGACACUUUAACGGGUGACUCGAAGGCUCAAUACGAAACAAGAAACGGUGAUAUCGUUCAGGGUAGUUACAGUUUGAUCGAAGCCGACGGAACCCGGCGUAUCGUCGAAUACACGGCCGAUCCCGUAAACGGAUUCAAUGCCGUCGUUAGCAGGGAACCUGUCACUGGUUUAGCUGCUAUCGCUGCACCUUUUGUACCCUAUGCACCUGCUGUGUCACCCUCCGUUGCAGCUGCACCUGUACCUGCACCAGCUGCACCAGCUAUUCCUGCGACUGGUCCCGAUUCGGACGUUGAAGUGGUCGAAGCUAGAACAGGACCUCUAAAGAAUGCACCGGCUCCACGCGAUUUCGAACUUCAACAACAGCAGAGACAACAGCAACUCGAACAGAUACGCCAGCAACAGCAACGUCAACAAGAACAGCAGCAACAACAGUUGCAGCAGCUCAAACAAAUACAAGAACAGCAAGAACAGACACGCCGACAGAUUCAGCAACAAGUCAGGCAAAAGCAACAGCAACAAAUACAGCGCUCGCAAGAAGAUGGUCAACAGGAAGAACAAAAACAGGAGGAGCAGCAGGAACAGAGAUCUUCACCUGUCAGAGCUCUCGCCAGUCCGGUUCAACUUCGAUUAGGACAAACUGAGAAUGCUCAAAGAGGAUUAGUCCAAUUACCAACGACAAGAGCUGUCGCUACUUAUCCCGCCUACACUGCUUAUACGGCAGCAUACUCAUCGCCGUUUGCCUAUGCGGCACCUCUUACCAGUCUCACUUAUGCACCUGCACUCCUGUAAAAUAUGUAUCGCCUAAUCUCGAUUUUUACACGACUUGUCCAUCGAAUAAUAUGUUACUAUUAAGAUUUUAAUAAAUUGCUUGUAAUCUUCUGAAA